AUGGGUAAAAAGCGAGUUCUCGUGGGCUACGGCGUUGACAUCGAUGCUGUCGCUGGCUGGCUUGGGUCGUACGGUGGUGAAGAUAGCACAAACGAUAUCAGUCGAGGCCUCUGGGCGGGCACAAUCGGCGUCCGCCGCCUCCUGAAACUCUUCGACAAAUACAAUAUCAAAGCCACCUGGUUCAUCCCGGGACACUCCCUGGAAACAUUCCCAGAAGAAUGCGCCAUGGUGCGCGAUGCGGGUCACGAAAUCGGUCUCCACGGCUAUUCCCACGAGAACCCGUCUGACAUGACGCCGGCACAGCAACGCGACGUCCUCGACAAGACCUACCGCCUCCUGACAGACUUUUGCGGCAAGCCACCCAGGGGCAUCGUUGCGCCCUGGUGGGAGACGAGCGCUGAAGGCACCGACCUGCUGCUCCGCUACGGCAUUGAAUAUGACCAUUCGAUGGCGCAUCAUGAUUGCCAGAUGUACUGGCUGCGGACGGGAGAUACAUGGACAAAGAUUGAUUAUACGAAGAAGGCAAAAGACUGGAUGAAGCCGUUGGUAAAGGGCCAGGAGACGGGACUUGUGGAGAUCCCGGGGAGCUGGUAUAUUGACGAUUUGCCGCCGAUGAUGUUUAUUAAAAACUCACCGAAUAGUCAUGGAUGGACGAAUCCGAGGGAUAUAGAGGAUAUUUGGAAGGACCAUUUCGACUAUUUCUACCGUGAAUACGAUGAGUUUAUCUUCCCUAUGACGAUUCACCCUGACGUCUCUGGACGGCCACAUGUACUACUCAUGCAUGAACGCAUUAUCGAGCACAUUAACAAGCACGAGGGGGUGGAAUGGGUGACAUUCGAACAAAUGGCGGACGAUUUCAAGAGCAAAAAUCCCGCCCCAGCAGGAGCAAAGAUGCCAGCGCCACGAGGGGAGAUUCUCAAGACGCCACCGUUGAAUUGA